ACAGACCAGAAUAGCCACCUCACGGUGCUGCUCGUACCAGUCUGAUUCCUCCCGUCGUCACCAGCUCACACGCGCACGGUUUGCAAACAUGGCGCUCCCUAAGGUGUUCUUUGACAUCACUAUUGAUGGCAAAGCGGCUGGCAGGAUAGAAAUGGAGCUGCGCCCCGACGUGGUGCCAAAGACUGCAGAGAACUUCCGUGCUUUGUGCACCGGAGAGAAAGGUUUCGGCUACAAGGGCUCCACAUUCCACCGGAUCCUCAAUAAAUUCAUGUGCCAGGGCGGAGACUUCACCAAACACGACGGAACCGGAGGCAAAUCCAUCUACGGGGAGAAGUUUGCCGACGAGAACUUCAAGUUGAAGCACAUUGGAACCGGCACGCUGUCCAUGGCCAACGCCGGGCCCAACACCAACGGGUCCCAGUUCUUCAUCUGCACCGCCAAAACCGAGUGGCUGGACGGGAAGCACGUGGUGUUCGGAAAGGUGGUGGCGGGCAUGGACGUCGUGCAGAAGAUGGAGGCUCAACACUCGUCGAGCGGCAAGCCGAAGCUCAAGGUCGUCAUCGCCGACUGCGGCGUGCUGUAGUCGUCGUCCGGCGCCGCUUCCUCUUCCACGUAUUGUGCACAUCGGCCGCCUCGGUAGAAAAACACCCGGAUGCAUUCGCUUCAUUUUGUACGACGCUGACGUAUAAUAAACCACUUUAAAGUUU